CUGUCCAAAAUGUCAACACUAAAAUUUCUAACCUCUGUUCAAUAAUUUUGUAAACAUUAUGUCUGCUAACCACGAAAAUCAAAUUGAACCAGAUAUUAACGACGUAUUUGACAAUAUUGUUUUUAUUGAAGAGAAAUUAACCGAACAAGGAUAUUCGGACGGUUUUAAAGACGGACAGGCAAGCGGUAACUCUGACGGUUUUCAUCUAGGAUAUCAUCGUGGAAGUGAAUUGGGUGCUGAACUUGGUUACUACUACGGAAUCACGACGUGUUAUCUACAAAAUAAAGUCGAGAAAGGCUCUAAAGUAGCUGGUGUUCUGGUGAAUUUGAAGCAGUCGCUUGAAGAAUUUCCGCAAACGAACGACGAGAAUUGUGAUAUAUUUGAAUUAGCAAAUGCAAUUAGAGCCCAGUUUCGUAAAGCCUGUUCGCUACUGAAAAUUAAUGGAAAGUACCCGGAAGCAGACGAUUUAAACUUCUAACACUUAAUAUGAUUUCAACAAUUGGACUUCAGGGAACGUUGGAUGGAAUAAUAAAAUAUUUAAAUCCAUUUUCCCCGUUAAUCAGCUGUCACAUGGUGAACUAUAUAACUGACGGUCACUGGAAAACUUUCAUUCCACAAAAUAUUCAGAAUGAAAUUGGAACAGAGGAGAAUAUUGCGGAAGCUCUAGACGUGUACUGGAACCAUGAUUCUGUCAGCCAAGAGGAAUUAUCAAAAUUUUCCAAUUUCGUCCAAUUUAUUGAGGAAGGGCGAAAAUUUAGUUACGACAGUCUGACUCAUACUUGGAUUGAUGCUGUGCGAUUUCGUGAUAUCAUGAAUGUUGUUGGAUGUUCAGUGGAUUCAGCGGGAUAUUUGAAAAUCAAGGAGUUCAUGUCGCCGAAGAAAAACCAUGAGGUCGAAGAAACAGCAAAAUUGGUGUCCACUCUAUGUACGUUUCGCAUGCAAAAUGAUGAUAGACUGGUUAUUAUCGAAGCAGGAGAUGGCAAAGGCUAUUUAUCCUCCCGUCUAUCAUUGGAGUACAAAUUGAAAGUUCUUGGUAUUGAUUCCAGUCCAACAAAUACGGAGAAUGCCAUCAAGCGAAGCGCAAGACUAGAAAAAGCUUGGAAUGGCCUGACUAAGCGUGCGGAGGACAUUGAGAACGGGAUUGUUCCACCGCGUAAGGGACGUCGAAAUUAUAAGAGUGGUGGACAAAGUCCUAGUCAAUCGCAAGUUUGUCAUCUAGCAAUGGAAAACUACAAGACGUCGACACACUACAUUACACCACAAACCGAUUUUGUGAAACUAUUCGAUCAACAUUUUCCGCACGAAAAUCCGACUGGGUUUUGUUUAAGCGGACUACAUACGUGCGGUAAUUUAGCGUCGAGCUGUUUGAGAAUAUUUACGGAGAACAAGGACCUCAACGUACUGUGUAAUGUUGGCUGUUGCUACCACUUGUUGGGCGAAGAAUUUUGCGUUGACGAAUUCUUUGAGAAUCGUAGAGUCCGGGAAAUUGAAAUCGAUUCUGGCUUUCCGAUGAGCAAUUAUUUGAGGAAUCAGGAAUUCAAGCUUGGGCGGAACGCGAGGAUGCUUGGCUCACAAUCGAUUCAUCGAACUAAACAGGAAAAAGAUUUACCGCAAAUUUCGUUGUUUUACCGAGCAUUGCUGGAAACACUGAUCGCAGACAAAUAUCCCGAGUACAAAAAUCGGAUUCAAGUCGGUCGAUCUAAGAGGACGACUAAUUUCGUUGACUAUGUGCGUGUCGCGUGCAAGAAAGGUGAACUAAACUUCGAUUCAAUAACCGAUGACGAAUUACUCACGCUGGAAAAAUCGCUGGAUCAUCAUCGGCUGCAAAUCAAUUUGUUUUAUUUGGUUCGGAUGACGUUUGCUCCCGUAAUUGAAACGUUAAUUUUAUUGGAUCGCCUGUUGUAUGUCAAGGAAAAUGACAUUUCCAAUUCGUUCUUGGUCAAACUGUUUGAUCCAGUUGUGUCACCGAGAUGCUUUGCGAUUGUGGCAAUGAAAACUUGAAUAAACGAGACAGCUCUCAAGUACGACA